AUGGGCGGUGCUAACCGAGAAGGCGGCAAGGCGAAGCCCUUAAAGGCCCCGAAGAAGCAGAACAAGGACCUCGACGACGACGACAUGGCUUACCUUGAAAAGAAGAAGGCUGACGAGAAGGCGCGAAAGGAGAUGGCUGCCAAGGCCGGCGGCAGAGGCCCUCUGAACACUGGCACCCAGGGCAUCAAGAAGAGCGGCAAGAAAUAG